UCUAAAUCGAUUGAGUAAUAGCUCAACUCGCAUCGCAUCAUUGUACGGUUUCGCUACUACUAACCAAGUAGAAUUUUAGAAAAAUAUUAGAAAUAGAAACAAGCAACUGCAUUGAUACCUUUACGUCAGUUCUGCGUAUGCAUAAAUACAUGUAUGUAUGUAGAUAUGUAUUGCUGGAACCGGUAGGAUAUACAUGCAAAUAUCAAAUAAUAGUGCCUUAAAGUUUACUAAUUAUAUUAAUUUAAAACAAAAAUAAAUGCGUGCAUAAAAGUGAAUAAAACGCCAAAAAAAAAUAAAUUAAAACUUUAAAACUCCCCCAAAUAAACCAAAAAUGCGUUACAAAUGAACUACAAAAAGGGGAAAAAGCAAAAACCUUAAAUCGUGAAAAUGUAUUGGCCUGAGCAAAGCAAACUUACUGUGAGGUUACAGUAACAGUGUAGAGGAGUGCUCACAAAAGAAUAAACAAAAAGAAACCAACUACUAUAUAACACAAAACACACAAAAAUAUGCAUACACAAACAAAAUUCUAAACAAAGUUUUCAAAUUAUUAAAAAAACAAAAAUAUUUUCAAAAUAUAUUUUAAUCGGAAAUUCAUAUCAGAAAACAUAUCAAAAAUCUUAACUCAGCUUCAAGAAUUCCUCGUAUUUGAAUUGGCUUACCGACACUCCAUCACAUUGGAUUAUUUUUAAUUGGAUUGCAUUGGAUUUAUUUACACUUGAGAACCAGUCAAAUUAAAAACCUACACACUGGCUUACAACAGCGACGAAACGACGGUGCAAGAAACCAUCUCACAACUGGAUUACUACGCCUAUUGGCUGACACACUGCUUGGGAAGAUACAACACUGAUCAAGGAGCUAUGGACCAGCAAUUCUGUCUACGCUGGAACAAUCAUCCGACAAAUCUAACUGGUGUGCUAACAUCGUUGCUGCAACGGGAGGCACUCUGCGAUGUGACGCUGGCAUGCGACGGUGAAACAGUCAAGGCGCAUCAAACAAUUCUAUCAGCAUGCAGCCCCUAUUUCGAAACAAUUUUCCUGCAAAACCGCCAUCCACAUCCCAUCAUCUAUUUGAAAGAUGUCAGAUACUCAGAAAUGCGCUCCCUGCUCGACUUCAUGUACAAAGGCGAAGUCAACGUCGGACAGAGUUCGCUGCCGAUGUUCCUCAAAACAGCCGAGAGUCUACAGGUUCGUGGUCUCACGGACAACAACAACCUCAAUUAUCGUACGGAGCAUCGCGACUCGCCCAUAUCCUCGCCCACCGGCCGCACACCCUACAGUAGUGGCGGUCUCGGCGGCAUCGGCGAAUGUGAGACACGCGAACGUGAUCAACAGCUACGUGGUCGUGCCACCGAACGCGAUCUACGCGAUGAUUUGCAUGCACAUCGCAGCAGCAGUCUUCCGGACCGAAAUGCCGCCGCAGCUGCUACUGCCAGUGUGGGUAGUGUGAGUGCCAGUUUACAAUCCGCCGCAGUAGCUUUGGGUUUAGGCGAACGCUCACCGAUUACAGCGGCCGCAAUGGCUGCUGCAGUGGCGGCUGUGGCUACACGUAGCGCCAGCGCUGAUGCGCUAGGCGGUUCGACGAAUACAGGCUGCACCGGUAGCGGUAGUACCGUUGGUGGUGGAGUGUUAAAUAGUCGCAAUAGUGAUGCGAAUAGUGAGCGUGGUGGCGGUGGUGGUGGUGCGGGAAAUGGAGGCAGCAGUGGAGGGCGCAGCAGCAGCAUUGGUCGCGAUCGCGCCGACAGUCGUGAUGAACUCAUGCAGCUAGACUAUAGUAACAAGGAUAACAGAGAUCGUGAUAGAGAGUUGUCCACCACGCCGGUGGAUCAUAUAGGUAGUAAUAAGCGAAGACGUAAGAACUCAUCCAACUGUGAUAAUUCGUUGACCUCGACACAUAACGCAAAUGUACAGGACAGGCACUAUACUCAGGAUUCUCAGGCAUCCUCACGCAGCAAUUUCAAAUCGAGUCCCGUGCCAAAAACCGGCAGCACGUCCGAAUCGGAGGACGCGAUCAUCACAGGUGUUGGCGAUCGACGCGAUUCACCACUUUCCGCCAGUCAAUUGAGCAGCAGUGGUGGCGUUCUGGGUGGCGUGGGUAGCGGCAGUGUUAGUGCGAUUCCCAGUAGUAUUGGUCUCAGUCAAGCGCUUAGUAUUAAACAAGAAUUAAUUGAAGCACAACAACAACACCAACAGCAGCAACAGCUGCAACAACAACAACGUGAGACCCAUGUACCUUUGCCAACUGAAUACUUGCCGCCCGGUGCUCUAAAGCUACAUCCCGAGGAAAUGUCUCAAUUAUUAUCAACACAUGGCCUGCAGCAAGAUGGUCGAGAGGAUCAGAAUGAUGGCAAGCAGCUACCAUUGGAUCAGUCGGACAACAUUGAUGGUGAUGAUGGUGUUGGUGAUAAUGCAAAUAAUGAUGAAAAUAUCGGAGUAGGCGGUGAUAUUCGUAAUGGCAAUGAUGACAAUAUUGAUGACGAAGGUGAGGAUAAUGAUGUUGUUGCUGAGGUGCAUCGCAGUCGCAUUGCGUAUCAUAGCAGUCGAAAGCAUGCGAUUCGUGCAGCCGGUGCUUUGCAAUCGCAGCCACAUGCGGAUGGUCAUAUUGACGUAGCCAACGAAAGCCAUGCGGAAAAUAUGUGCGAAGAUGAGGAUUACGAUUAUGACAAUGAUUGUCAUAGCGAUUGUGAUCACAAGAUUUUGGACAGCGACUACAAUUGUCAUUACAAACGUUGCAAACAAGAGGCGGCCAUGCGCAGCCAACAGGCGCAACAACAACAGCAGCAGCAGCAACAGAAAAAUUUGCAUGCGCAACACUAUCACCAACAGCAAGUUGCCGAGAUAAUGUUGCACGGGUGUAAUGGUCCAUUGAAUGAUGCAAUUAGCCUCACGACGACGGCGCCACCACUACCCCUAUCGACACAUCGUCACCUGCAUCCACAAACUGUUAUAAAUCUGGGACGUUGUGGCAGCGCUUUAGAUGCGCUUUGCUCUGUAGAGGUCGCUGCUGCAGCCGCAGUAGCUGCGCUCUCGCCAGCCUCUUCGAAUGCCUCGGCAGCGUCGGCAACAUUACAGCACCAGCAACAAUUUGCAUAUGCACAGCAAAAACAUGCUGCUGCAACAAACUAUCAACAGCCACAGCAUCAUCAACACCAACACCAACAUCAACACCAGCAUCAGCAUCAGCAGCAGCAACAACAACAGGCUCUAGCGGCAGCUGCCAACUUGGUGCAACACCAUCAUCAGCAUCAACAGCAACAGCAGCAUUACCAGCAACACCAUACCCAACACAUCCAUGCCACACCGUACAGUGCCGCCACGCCUACCAGCAACAACGUACAACUACAACUUGUUGCGGCCAAUGCCAACACACCCAAUGCCAACACCAACAGCAGCCCAGCCGUGGCCGCAGCAGCAGCAGCAGCGGCGGCGGCAGCUGCCGCUAAUCGCCGCGAUCAUAACAUCGACUACUCAACGCUAUUUGUGCAAUUGUCCGGCACGCUGCCCACCCUGUAUCGCUGCGUAAGCUGCAACAAAAUCGUGUCGAAUCGUUGGCAUCACGCCAACAUUCAUCGGCCUCAGAGUCAUGAGUGUCCUGUCUGCGGGCAAAAGUUUACACGUCGAGACAAUAUGAAAGCCCAUUGUAAAAUAAAACACGCCGAUAUUAAAGAUCGUUUCUUCAGUCAUUAUGUACAUAUGUGAUCAAUUCUUUAUGUGGUCAAAUAAGCAGUUAAAGAUUAUAAACUUCUACCAAUGCCAUACAAACAUAUAUGUAGAGAAAUUUAGGCAUUCUCUCACACACACAUGAAAACACCAAUGCACCGCCACACAAUUGACACACAUUAACCACCUUCAAUGCGAUACACACCCUUAAAUAAAUUUAAACCAAUUAAAAUUCUUAAAGACGACUACGUCUCCCACUCCAAAUAUAUGUAAUAAAAACUCAAGUUACAGAGAGAACUCAUCUCUACUACUUCACUCUCAAAUGUAGCUUAUAUGUAGUACUGUUACGGAGGGCAACUCUGCAACAAAUAUGCUUUGGUACAACGGCCUCUGAGCGACAAGUGCACAAAAGUCGAAUCGUGCAUCUCUAAAUCGUGUAGCUUGUUAUAUGAGAUUUUCCCGAAAUUAUUUGUUGUACUUAUAUGUAUGCUUUGGAAUACUAUUCGCGUUCAAUAUGAUACACAGAAAAAUGUGGAUCUACUUUGAAAUACCUACAAAUAAGGCAGUGAUCGAUUUCUUUGCGUAUAUUCUAUAAAAAUCUUACUGGCUGCUUUUAAGCAUUCUGUGCAGAAGGGGAAAUGGGACUGUAAUGAGAGUCUGAACGAUUCCAUGCACACAUGAAUUUUCAUGAUGAUAACGCAAUUAUUUACAAUUCAAAUCUCAAAAGACCUGUUGGUCAGAAUCAUCUGCCAAACGGAGAAUUAACAUUUCGUAUUUUCGUGGAAUUUGUAUUCAUAAAACAUCUUUGAGAAGAAUAAUUACGUACUUUAUUUCAUUUGAAGGUAUUGAAAAUAUUCGAUGUGGUACUUGCUGGCGAUGCAGAAGAAGAGAAAAGUCUUCUCCUUAUUGCAUUCAGUUAGCACGAGAAAUUCUAUCACCUUCAAACCCGGUUCCCAGAUAUGAUAUGCUGGUGGAUCGAAAUUGGUAGAACAGGGGCGGGAAUCAAUGAGCCUAAAUUCAAAACAUCGAUUCCCAUGGGUCUCUAUCCAACAGAUGGAUCGAAAUUAGAAGAUUGGAAAACAGGGGCGGGAAUCAAUUGACCUAAAUUCAAAAAAUCGAUUCCACUCGGUCUCUACCUAACAAUCUUCCAGGCAAAAAUAUAUGCCAUUGAGAUAUAUCUAAGAGAAUGCCACCGUUAAAAAAAUGAGAGGAACCCAUAUUUACAUACUUUCAGAUAUUCCGGCGGCUUUGAGAGCCCUUCUAUCAACUACAAUCACCUCAAAAAUGGUAUGUGACUGUCUGAACCUUCGCAACAUAUUAGGGAACUUCAACAUAGUAUUUUUAGGUUGGAUUCUUGUACACGAGGGGCAUGAGGGAAAUGAAAUAGCGGACCAUCUAUCCCUUGGUUGGUCCUGAGUAUUUCUGUGGCCAUACAAAGGACCACAUUAACGAACUUCUCGGGAGGUGGGAGGAGACAAAUGAAACAAUUCUCAACGCCGGACAGAGAAAUUCCUUAUAAGCUACUUUCAUGCAGCAGAGUAGACUUAAUACAUCUAACUGGUUACUUGUCAGGUCACUGUAGCCACUACUUGAACAAAAUUGGUGGUAUUGCCGUGCCUCCAUAUGAAUUAUGGAACAAUACACCCCAGAAUUUACAAACAUUUUUAAAAAGCCUUAAAAUAUUGGGUACCUCAGUAGGCUUUGGCUUUACAGUACGAGGAAGAGUAACGAUUCUUUCGAGCAUUUUAUUAAAAUCAAUUGAGAGGUAGUUACUUCGUCAAUCAGUAAGAAGAAGAAGCAUGUGUUGCAUAGUUUUGGGUAACACAUAAAUUCAUGUAGCCGGCGAAAUCUUGGCGCUAGCGUAAAGUAUUUCAAAGUCUAGAUGCUGCGGGUUCAAAAAUCAUUGAUCAUAUUUUCGUGAGCAUUUCCUAUUGGGUAUAGAUUAACUAGGCUUUCGAUAGAGAGCAUGCGCUCAGUUGCCGGCCAUAACAGUGGCAUUAAGCUGCAUUCACACUAACGUCAUAUGUGUACAUUUAUAUAGUACGAUUUAAUGUUAUAUUAAAAUAAGCAGAUAACUUUACAUUUUCCUCGUAGUUAAACAGAAUGUAUGUAUUUAUUAAAUAUGUAGUUGUAAAACAUCGAAAAUAGCAGAACAAAAAAAAAAACACCAAAGAAAUCACCAAAUAUUCAUAUUAUAAAUAUAAUAAUUCUCUAUAAUAAUGAUUUUUCGAAUGAAUAAUUGUGCAAAGAAGUCAGUAUAAUUAGUAUUUAAAAUUUGAACGAUCAAGCGAUUUUAACAAAACAAAGUACGAGUAUUAACCCACCCGGGCAAAUUGUGGAUUUUGUAGUAGACUGUAGCAUUGCAUAUUUACCAUUAGUAUUUUUUUAGUUUUAUUAUUAAAGUCAUGGUACUGAGAAAAGAAAAACAAAAGAGUGUUACAAAAAAAAAUUACAUUUAGUCAAAUUUAUUUAUUUACGCUAAUUUACACACAUUUUCAAUUUUAUGUAGGCAUCGACCAAAAAACCAGAAAUGAAAAUUUUUCGAAUAUCUAUUGUUGUAAUAAUGAAAGCAAAUAUUUACAAUUUAAUGUAGUAUUUUUACCAAUGCGAAACCUUAUUUAUUUACGUUUGGAGCAAGCGAACAAGUAUUAUACUAGGAAUUCCAAAAACAAAAAAAAAUCAAAACAAAAAACGCGAUAAGUUAACACUUCAGGUAGUGAAUCAAGAUUAACGCUUUUAAGUCCUGCCAUAUUUAAUUUUUAGUGAGCUAGACACAAUAUGACCAUUUAGUUCAAAUUAAUAAUAUUUUAUAUGCUGUAUUUAAAAAACAAACAAGAACUAAAGCAAUUUCUUUUGACGAAAAAAAAAUAGGUAUAUGAAAGAGUUGGUGCAGUUAUGCAAUAAAUUGCGCGCUGGAAUUGACACGAUUAUUAUCAACAGCAACUUUCUUGAUGAUGCUAUAAUUAAAAGAAAUAAAAAGUGAAAUGGUCACUCCACAAAUGGUCUUAGGGUGAUUAAUUUUAGAGGCGCAUCAACUCGAACAGGUUACUUCUUUUGAACUAAUGUUUGCUAAUGCUUAAGAGCUAUCACCGAAAAUUCUAAUUUUAAAUUAGGCUUGAAUAUAUAAAAAUACGCAACUAUUUCGUUUGGAAAACGUGCAAAAGCACUAAAAAUCACCCUAUCACUUAUCACGAAAUCGACUCACAUUUUCGCGUGAGAUGCGCUCACUCUGAAAUUAAUUGUUGCAUAGAUUUAGGCACUACAUAUCCAUGGGAAAAUAUAUUCGAAUGCGAUAUAAGUGCUUUUUCUUUAAUGAGCUAUGCAAGUGGGUAAAAUCAUAAAUUUUUUCGCGCAAUGUGACUCAACUUCGAGCGGCAUGAUUAAGUGGACCUUCAGUAAAGAGUUGAUUGUAAAAAGAAGUGGCUUUUGUAAGUGACGACCUAUAGCGGUAUUUACGCAACGAAGGCCUUCCUGCACGUGUUUGUUUGGAGCUCGGCGAACUCAGAAAUUUAAUUUAAAAAAAAUUCUUAUAAGAAAUUACAAGUCGGGUUCCACAUCAGUAUUAAAUGUGCAUCGACUUUGUUUAAAAUAUAUUGUGCCAGCAGUCAAAUGGAGAAAUUGUUGUAUAAUCAACAUGGUGAAAAAAUUUAGAAGGAGUAGCUAAUAUCAAACCAUUAUACGGCGCUCAGCGAAUUAGAAAGAAUCAGAUAUGUAAAUCUCCACUUACGGAGAAGCUGAGAUUGUUGAAAUGUGUGUGAAUGCGUGCGAAAUGAGCGGACAGAAUUGUGCUGCCGAGUACACGGUGACGCGGCAGCCGAAGUUACUCGCUCAAUUUCGUUUUCACCAAACCUGUUUCUGAGAGAAUUCUACUCCAACUACAGCCAGGGACACUAGGCUUAAUGAACUAUGAUGAAGUCUUCGUUCCUUUUCUAUCUCUUUUCGCCCAUGGAAUUACCAUUUCAAGCUUUGAUUAAUAAUUUGCGACCCACAUAUUUAUAGAGCUAUAUACAUAUAUGAGGCUUCAGAAGGCAGAGAUUCAGAAGAU